AUGCAGUUCAGUAAUAUCGCAGCCAGGAACAUAUCCACUCACAAAAUGAGUUUCAAAGACAAAGUCGUUGUAGUAACUGGUUCCAGCUCAGGUAUCGGUGCUUCAACUGUCAUAGAGUUUGCUAAAGAGGCGGCUCACGUCGUCAUAGUGGGAAGAAACGUGGCAAAACUUGAGAGUGUAAGCGAAAAAUGUCAAAAAUAUGGCCAGAAACCACUCGUUAUAAAAGCGGACGUGUCAAAAGACGCAGAGGGCCAGAAAAUCAUCAACGAGACUAUAGAGAAGUUUGGAAGGAUCGAUGUGUUGGUUAACAACGCCGGGAGCGCUGAACUGGCUGAAAUAACAAGUGAAAAAUUCAUGAAAGCCUUCGACAACACCGUCAAUCUGAAUCUGAGGGGAGUAGUCAACAUAACUCACUGCGCUGUACCACACCUCAUUAAAUCUAAGGGGAACAUUAUCAACAUAUCCAGUGUCGCUGCACACGGUACGAUCUCUUCUCCGGACAUGAUUUCAUACUGCGUGUCGAAGGCAGCCCUCAAUCAUUUUACACGGUGUGCCGCGUUGAAACUGGCCAUCUAUGGCGUCCGGGUCAACGCGAUCUGCCCAGGGCCGGUGCGCACGGAUUUGAAGGACACAGUGCAAUUCCAACAAUCGUGGGAACAGUUCACGGAAAUGACCGCCUUGAAGCGCGUGAGCGAGCCUGAAGAAAUAGCGGAUUUGAUCCUGUUCCUGGCCAGUGAUAAGGCGAAAGGCAUCACAGGUUCAGACUUCGUUUCGGAUAAUGGUCUUUUGGUUAUGAAA